AUGGCACCCAAUACCAUCACUGCUCCCGCCGCCGCUUACCAACCAAACCACCAGAGUGCCAAGCCAUAUUACCCAUAUAUUACCUCGUCACAGCCUACAGGCCAACGUGGAAUGGUUAUGGCACCCCCAUCUGAUGAAGAACGCGAAGCCGAGAGGCUACGAGGGGGAUGCAUCCCACUUCCCGCAGAUGUUGGAUCAUCCCUAUCCCAUGUUGCUGCUAAAACUGCAGAGCACGCCGCUAUCUAA